CAGUGCGUGUGCGGUGCGGUGCGGUGGUGUGGUGCGGCGUGCAGGGGGGAGCCGACUUUUUCUACACGAGCCCUGCGCGGCUUCGCGCAUUAAUUUAUUUAUUUUUUUGUUAUGAAUACAUGAAAACGAGGACGGAACGAGUUCGAAUCGCGAGACGUGACUCGCGCGUGACAGAAAGAAAAGUUUAUUUAUUUUUUUUUUAUGGGUAACCGAUAACGUGCUUCAAAGAGUGCGAAACGAAUCAUACACGCUGCCCGUGACACACACACCGUCCAGUAUCGUACUCAGUUUCUCCCAUGAUCAUGUCUCACGCUGUCAGAGCUUUCGGAAUUUCUAUUUUCUGCUGAACCGAUCCGGAGUUGCAACAAUGGAGCUUUCUUGCAUUUGUUUACACCGUUGCGAUUGACAAGUCGUGAUGCUGCAGAAAUACCCGAAGGUUAUGUUCAAGGGUGGAGUGGAUACAUAUGACAGAAUCUCACCCCUUUGAUAGCGUGACCGAGUCGAAGAUUUCAAAUUUUCCACAGUUAUUAAUUAUCUGAAUCUCGAUAUAAUUCACACCACAAGAAUGGCUUCUGUUCAAAGAGCUUUCGCUCACAAACUUAAUAAACAAAAUGCAGCUGAUGUCAGGAAACAAAUAGCUUCCUCAAAUUCAUUUAACAGAGAGUUGGCUAAAAGUAAGAGUAGUGUGUCAGGAUUCUCAUCCACGGUUUCGCUGUGCGAAGUGGUAGAGCCAUUGGAUUAUGAAGAAUUUAUUAUACAGCAUCAGGCAAUUCUUGAAAGAGAUCCUCUACGAUCCAUUCUAGAUUAUCCUCCAAACGAUGUUGAAGUGAAAGUAAUCAAAAGAAAAAUACGUACAGAAGAACCUAUAGUUCCUUCCGAACCAAUUGAUUCAGUCUCUCCAUAUGUAAGACAGUGUAUAGAAAGUUUUACUUCUGAUUGGGUUGUUGUGCAUAGAAAAUUUAGAAGGCGUGUUUCUCCUGUAGCUAGAGAGCAACUAGUACAAGACACACCUAAACAAGAUUUUGAGGUUGAUCAAGAGCAAAAUAAUGGAUCAGGUUCUCCAAAUGAAGAAGACUCAGAUUUGUCUCAAUGUGGAUCUCAAGAUACUCCAAGAGGUUCAUGGGCAAGUUUGGAUCUUCGUCAUUCUCAACAUGAUCCUUUAUUGCCAGGUGUCCUUGAUCGAGUUACUCCAGAGAAACUGGAUCAAAUAAAUGAACAAAAACGUUUAGAUGAUAGACAAGAGGCAUUAUUUUCAUUAUAUUCUCUACCCCCAUCUGCUGAUGAUGAGUGGCAAGAAAUAACACUUCCUUCAGAACCUACUGAGCCAUUUGCACAUAAAAUACUUGUAAAAUGUCUGCAAUUGAAAUUGGAUUUAGAAGUAGAGCCUAUAUUUGCUAGUCUUGCUUUGUAUGAUUCGAAAGAAAAAAAGAAGUUAUCAGAAAAUUUUUAUGUGGAUAUGAAUUCUGAAAAUAUUAAAAAAAUGUUGGGAAAUCACAUAGCGUACAGUGAUGUGAGUACUCUGGCCAGAAAUUGUGUCAUAAGCAUAAGCAAACCUAGUCCAGAUCUGUUUCUAGUGGUACGUCUUGAAAAAGUGCUGCAAGGAGAUAUAUCUGAAUGCGCGGAACCUUACAUUAGGGACGACAAAAGCGAUAAAAACAAAGAGAAAGUUCGAGCAGCGGCCGCAGCUGCAUGCGAGCGUCUGGGCCGCUAUCGCAUGCCUCUGGCUUGGACCGCCAUUCAUCUUUCGGGCGUUUUGACCGGCAGUACUCAGUGCAAUAACACAGGUAACAAUGUCGGAAGUAAUUCCAGUGUGGACGGAGACAAUUCCAGUACCGGAGGAUCGCUGGACCGAAAAUCGACCAAUAGCGGUAUUGGACUUGAACAGUGGAGAAAAAAAGUCGACGUAUCGAGUCGUCGCGGUUCUCUCGAGCGCAGGAAUUCGGAAAAGAGGCACAGCUUGUAUCCGGAUGAUUUGGCUCAAUGCUUGGACAACUUCAGACCCAUCACGUUGACGGUAUCGAGCUUUUUUAAGCAGGAAAGCGAACGACUGCGCGAUGAAGAUUUGUACAAGCUACUUUCGGAGUUGAAACGUCCAAAUAGUUCGAAUCUCAAACGGCUCAAGAGUAUACCUGGCACGUUGAAGUUAGAUUUAAGCCCUCGACCGGAAGAUCUGCCCCGCUGCCUCGAUCCGGAUUUAAGAAGGCUAAAGCCUUAUCCAGAUGAGAAGACUCGACCCGUCAAGGAAAUUUUUGAGUUUCCCAGUGAAAUCGUCUCACCUGAUUUAGUUUAUCGUAAUUUGUUAUACGUUUAUCCCAAGGAAACGAAUUUCAGUUCGAGAACGGGAUCCGCUCGAAAUAUCGCUGUCCGCGUACAACUCAUGGGCGGAGAAAAAGAGGACGAGGCUCUUCCUGCGAUUUUCGGUCGCUCAUCCAGUCCAGAAAUGAUGCGCGAAGCCUUCACAACGGUUCUCUACCACAAUAAGACUCCCAAUUUCUACGACGAGAUAAAAAUUCGACUUCCAGCUGACCUCAGUGCCAGGCAUCAUUUGCUCUUUACUUUUUACCACAUCAGCUGUCAGAAAAAAGCAGAACAGCCAAACGUCGAGACUCCUGUUGCUUAUACCUGGCUACCGUUGUUACGAGAUGGACACUUGCAGUCCGGAGAAUUCUGCCUUCCAGCCAUGUUGGAUCCACCUCCAGCCAAUUAUUCGUACAUAGCUCCCGAUGUUUUACUGCCUGGAACACGAUGGGUCGAUGCUCAUCGAGGCGUUUUCACUUUGGUGCUCGAACCGAUCUCUAGCGUUCACCCUCAAGACAAAUACAUCGAUCGAUUUUUGAUGCUCUGCAGCGCUCUCGAGCUCGGUCAAGUGCCUCCAAGGAUCGGAGAAACGGGCAUGGAGCAAGAAUUCAAAUCGUCCCUGCUGGAAUUGUCGCGCACGUCGCAGACCGCGCUGAUUCGCUCGUUGCCGCAGAUAUUCGAUCAGCUCAUCGCGCUUCUCGUCCGACCGCCGACCCUGCCCACGCAGCCGAUAAACGUCGCGGCCACCGUUUUCGAGGCCAUCGGUUUGCUCGUGCGUAAUAUCGCCAGUUUGCAAGACGGCCAGGUGGACAUGCACGGCAGGCACCCGCUGCUGACCACCUACACGGCUUAUCAGUGCAGUUUGUUGAGAAUGAAUCAGGGAUCCGGAGCUCCCGUGUUCAGAGCCCGCAGCAAUCCCGAUUUACCGAUCGAAGAUCUGGAGAUGGAGGCGCUCUCCAAAGGCCUCGAUAGAACUUGCUCGAUGCGACAGGAGGGUGCGCAAGUAAACUUGCAGAACGGACAAUCAACCAGACGAUUGUUACACGAAGAAAUUGUUUUGCAUUGGGUAGUCUCGACCGGCCAGGCCAGAGAAUUAGCUAUGGCACACUCGUGGUUCUUUCUCGAGCUCAUCGUGCGUUCGAUGGUCAUAAAUCUCUCCGAAUGUCACUUGCUCGAUGCGCCUCGGAAGAUACGUUUUUCGCCUCAAUUUUGCGACGAUCUUUCCACGCUGGUCGCCGCCCUCACAAGCGAAAUAAUCGGUCGAUGCGGCAAGGACAAUCGCGUCGCCUCGACUCUCACUCUGGGUCUCGGCAAUUUUCUCUCUGAUCUGUUUUCCAUCAUGGAUCGAGGCUUCGUGUUGUCGUUGGUGAGAACCUCCUGCUGCUCGCUGGCGGACGCCUCGAUGCAACUGCCCGAGUCGGCCGGCUUGUUCGCUCUCAAGCUGGAUCUCGUACGCACCGUUUGCUCCAACGAGCAUUACGUCGCCUUGAAUCUGCCUUUCGGCACGUCGUAUAUGCAGAGCUCGGCGCCGGCCUCACCGUCGCCGUCGACCGGCAGCUCGGGAAGUCUCAUCUCGACGCUGGUGGCCGGCGAUCGGUCUCGUUUCGCCGAACUCAGCCAAGAAUUUCGCCAGCAGCACUUCCUCGUCGGUCUCGUCCUGCUGGAUCUGUCGACCAGUCUGGAGAUACGCAAUCCCAUGCUGCAGAACAAAGCCAUCGGUACGAUUCGCUACCUCAUGACGCAGCACGACGCCGAUCCCAGACUGACCGAUCCGUCGGCCAAGGCUCGUGUGGCGGCGCUAUACAUUCCAUUACUGAACAUUCUCGUGGAGGCCUUGAACCAGUUGUACCAUUGGGACUCGAAAGAACGAAGCGUCUGCACCGACGAGAACGGAGCCAUAACCCAGUCGGUCGCGUUGGCUAUCGCGGGCAGUGGAGUCUCGGACUCGUCGAGCCCCACCUGCAGAGUUUCCCUGAGUUCCGAGGCCACUCGGCAUUUGUUACUGUGCGCCCUGUGGAUUAUUAAGAGCUUGGAGAAAGCGUCGCUCAUACAAUGGAUAAACGAACUUAGCCCCAGACGAGUACUUAGCAUAUUGCAAUUGUUAAACAUCGCCACUGCAGCUUUCGAGUACAAAGGAAAGAAAGCCUUAAAGAGAUUACCAUCUCAGGCGGCAACGAGCGACAUAAAAUCGAAACUCGAGGAUGUUAUCUUGGGUCAAGGGAGCGCCAGGAGUGAAAUGAUGAUGAGAAGGAAGGAGAGAUCUGGCGGUGACAGGCUCAGAUGGCGAAAAGAUCAGAUGUCUUACAGAAUUUCUGAACAGCCGGAGGGCCGUGCAGUGGAGCAAGAUGCUCAUAUCGAAGGUGCCUUAGCAGCCGAAGCCUCUUUAGUCGUGCUGGACACAUUGGAAACGAUUGUUCAAGCUGAAGGUGGAAGUGGAGGUAUGGUCGGUGUCGUCCUGAAGGUGUUGCUACGAGCGUUGGCGCGAAAUCAAAGCACGCUCGUACUGCAGCACAUGUUCAACACUCAACGAGCCCUAGUCUUGAAGUAUCACAGCGCGCUCUUCGACGAGGACGAGAAUGAACAGUGCGGCGAUCUUUGUCUCACCCUGCUCACGAGGUGCAGCUCGCCUCUUGGCGCGGUUCGAAGUCACGCCGCGGCUAGCUUGUAUCUUCUGAUGCGACAGAAUUUCGAAAUUGGAAAUAAUUUCGCCAGAGUUAAAAUGCAAGUGACUACCUCACUGUCUACAUUAGUCGGCCGAGGACGAGCUCCGAACGAAGGUGCACUUCGUCGUGCUUUAAAAACAAUAUUAGUUUAUGCGGAAAAAGAUACUGAAUUAGCCGAUACAACAUUCCCAGAACAAGUCAAAGAUUUAUUAUUUAAUUUACACAUGAUCCUUUCGGACACCGUUAAGAUGAAAGAGUUCCAAGAAGAUCCCGAAAUGCUUCUCGACUUGAUGUACAGGAUCGCUAAAGGUUAUCAAAGCUCGCCGGAUCUUCGUCUCACUUGGCUGGCGAACAUGGCUCAGCAGCACAUGGAGCGCAAGAAUCAUACCGAAGCAGCGAUGUGUCUCGUGCACAGUGCGGCACUGGUCGCCGAGUACUUGUACCUCAUGGAGCCAGGAGCCGGUGGACGACCGGUGGGCGCCGAGGCCUUUCAUCCGAUCACGCCCAACGCCCUGGAGGAGAGCGCCGUCGGGGACGACGUGGUCGCUCGUCGAGAGGAGGGCCUCUGCCUGGGCGCUCACUUCUCCGAGAGCGGCUUGGCCGGUCUGCUGGAGCACGCCGCCAGCUCGUUCUACACGGCGGGCAUGUACGAGGCCAUUCCGGACGUCUACAAGGUGCUGCUGCCGAUCGCCGAGGCGGCGCACGACUACAAGAAGCUCGCCAACAUUCACAGUAAACUCAACGACGCGUACACCAAGAUCGAGCAGCUUGCUGGCAAGCGAGUCUUCGGCACGUACUUUCGCGUGGGAUUCUACGGGGCGAGAUUCGGCGAUCUAAACGGCGAGGAGUUCAUUUACAAGGAGCCGACGCUGACCAAGCUGCCGGAGAUUUUCGCGAGGCUCGAAAACUUCUACGCCGAUCGCUUUGGCUUCGAGAACAUUCUAAUUAUCAAGGACUCGAACCCGGUUGAUUUGAGCACGUUGGACGAGACUAAAGCCUACGUGCAGAUUACGUACGUCGAGCCUUAUUUCGAACCUUGGGAAUUGAGACACCGGCCGACUGUUUUCCAGAAGAAUUUCACUAUAAAUAGAUUUAUUUUUGCCACUCCGUUCACUCCUGGAGGUAAAGCACACGGUGAAUUGCGUGAACAAUGCAAGCGGAAAACUAUACUAACGGUGGAGACAUUUUUUCCGUACUUGAAAACAAGGAUUCGAGUGGUUACUAGAAAGCAAAUAGUGUUAAGUCCAAUUGAAGUGGCCAUAGAAGAUAUUCAAAAGAAAACUGCCGAGCUUGCUGCAGCCACGGUUCAGGAACCGCCCGAUGCUAAAAUGCUACAAAUGGUGCUACAAGGUUGUAUUGGUACAACGGUAAACCAAGGUCCAGCUGAAGUGGCCAACGUAUUCCUUUCUGAAAUGCGAGAGCCGAAUUAUCAACCCACUAAGCUUCAACACAAAUUACGCCUCUGUUUCAAAGAUUUUUCCAAAAAGUGUCUGGAUGCUUUGCGAAAGAAUAAAAACCUAAUAGGUUCCGACCAGCGCGACUACCAACGCGAGUUGGAAAGGAAUUAUCAAAGGUUUACCGAACGAUUGACACCUUUAAUCGUGUGGAGUGGUCCGCUACCAUCAGUUCCGUCGUACACGAGUCACUAUGGAAUGAAGACGAUGUCCCCGAAAUGGUAAAACGACGGAGAGCAAUCCAUGUAAAAAAAGCCAAAGAAGAUACUUUUUAUUUAUGCAUUUUAAAAGCGCAUUUAAUGUUAAUUCUGAAAUUACGUUAUUUAAGCUGUUCUUUCAUGCAAGUAUUUUUAAUAAUUUCCAUAUAAUCGUGUAUAGCAAUUUAUUUUUUACGCUUAAAUUUUUUUUCUAAUUUCGAUUCAUUGAUGUCUGUGAUUCCAUGUACAAAAGAACAGCGUAAUGGUUCUUUAUUAUUAUUAAUAUUUUUUUUUUAUAAAUUUUUUAUAAAUUGCAUUUCAAGUAUGAGCACGUCUCAUAAGAAAAAACAAAUGGGGGAAUGAGACAAACGUCAAGUACAAUUACAUAUAUUUGUAAAAAAAAAAAACAAAAAAUUGAUACACAGACAUUAGCAUUUAAAGUUGAACAAAUGUUAUUCCAUACAGUUAUACUCAUAAGUACAAGGGCAACUCGUGUUAUUAUUACUUUUUACGAUUAAUUUUUACAUACACAAUUUAUAUAGGUAUGAGAUCUGCGAAAAAUCAUGACAAAACGAUUUUUAUU